GUGUGUGAUUGUAGCAGCAGAAUAAUAAUGCAAAAUAUAAAAUCUUCUGAUCAGGGUUAUCACGUGGAAAAUUUGAUAGAGGGUCACCAUGGCCACUUCAUGUUUGGCUUUUGGGGUUAUUUUCAAAUUUAGCAGAUUGACCAGGAUGUAAGUGGCUAGAAGAAAUAUAGCAGGUGUGUGGACUGACAGUAUUUACACAAUUACCUGAUACUUACAGAUGUACAGAUAAAAGAAUACCAGAACUUGUUACAUCUUUACUCUACAAAGGAAGCUACCAUAUGCUUGUAAGGAGUAAGAAAUGUGCUCUGUGUGCCUGUGUUGUAGCCUGUCUACAAGCUACAGUCAAAUCAGUGAUGAUGAAGUUAUGAACACAAGGAGAUCCAUUUUUGUAGAACCUUGACAUUUUGGUUUGUCUUGAGUGACAUGAAUUUGCUCAAUGAAAGACAAAUUAUUUAUAAAAGAAAGCAAGCUUAGUUUCUUCUGUUUUGGUGGACGUGUUAAGUUUUCACCGAACUUAAUUUGACAUUUGAUUAUUAUUACAAAUCAAACUGAAUUUUUUCAUGGACUUUCCUGCUGAUAAUAAGAUUUUUAAACUGCAUGGAGGUGAAGAGAAUUUAUGAAAUGUUACAAGUAUGAGCCAAGCAGAUAGUGUAUUAGAAUCUGUGACAAGUAUCUACUCUGGAUUUACAGAAAUGGUGAUGUCAAUUAAAGCAGUAUUAAGUACUGUGUUAGAAGUGAACCACAAUGUUAUGUCAGUUGUGCUGAGACUUUGCGUCAACUUUUUUAGUGCAGUUUGGGCAGUGCUGAACUUUAUCUUCGUUAUUGUGUACACAUUGCUUGUGUGUGUCGUAGAUUUUCUCCAGGAGUUAGCAAACUUUUUGACAGCAUUUUUGUACUUGCUCUGGAAGAUUUUGAUUCUCGUAUACAGUCUCCUUGAUCUGGCAUUUCAUUCUUUGGAAUGCCUUGUUUAUUUCCUCUGGACUGGCGGGAAGUGGACGGCACAUACGAUCAAAGUUUCUGGACAGAAUCUGUCAGAUAAUGGCCUCAGCACUUGGAAAUAUUUUGUGAUAUCGCUGAAAGAGUUUACCAACUCAGUCGUAGGAGGUUUUUCUAUCAUCAGAGAUUUCAUCAAGUUUUUGGCUGUUUUUCUGUAUGAUAGUUUGUGCUUAAGUUAUGAAUACGCUUAUGAGUUUGUUUUGUAUACAGACUUCUAUGUGAGAUACGUUUGCAGAUAUUGUUUCGAAACAAGUUACCAUUUCAUAACAGAAUAUGUUCUUAGUAUGCCGAAGGAGGCUUACCUAGGAAUUGUGAUAAGUUGCUUUGUGUAUAUAAUUAUGAAAAAUAUAAUCCACCACAUGUGUUCAGAAGGAUUUACCUUCCCGGUGACUGGAUGGUUUAGUUCUAGUAUAACAGAUGAGCUCGAUUCGGAAUACGGAGAUUUUGAAGGUGACCGUGGGGAAUUUUCAGAUGACGAGGAUGGUAUGAACUACACAGUAUCUGAUUACAAUGAGGAAAAUAAUGAUCAGUACAGUGUAAAUUCUGAAUUUAGUGAUGCAUCCGAUGAUGAUGACGAGAGUUCAGACAGUGACGGGGAGUUGGAAAUUGAUUCAGAUUCUGACAACGAGAGUAACGCUGCAAGUGAAAGUGAAAUGAGUGAAAUUAACAUAGAACUACCACAACCUGAUGGUAUGUUUGGUUCUAGAAGAUCAACAACCCCGUCAAGGUUUACAAAAGACAUGUCUGCGGAUGAUUUAAAGAAAGUGGUAGAUGAUGAAAAAGAAAAACGAAUGUGUGUAGUUUGUCAAGACAGGAGUAAAUCUGUGUUGAUUUUGCCAUGUAGACAUAUGUGUUUGUGUGUGGAUUGUGGAAAUCAGAUAGCAAGGUCAAGGUCAAGAGAACGAAGAAAAUGUCCUCUGUGCAGGAGUAAAAUAAAUACCAUUAUGAAUGUGUAUGUGUAGAGAAAUGUUUAAAACUGUAAUUCCAAAGUUAAAUCAUGCAUCAGAAGUAGAGUACUAGUAAAGUAGUAUCAGUUUAAAAAAACCAUUCUCAUUGCUGCCAUAAUAUUUGCAAGAAUCAUGUACAAGAGGUAGAUGUAAUUGUCGGCUGUGAUCAGUCUACAGAAGCAGUCAUGUAGACUGACUUGAACAGGUACAACAGAAAAAUUAAAAUGUACUGUAAAACAUUUAUUAUUUGCAAGAACCGUAAUUUCAUUACUUUUCAUCUUUUUUGAAAUGAAAAAAAUUGCAGUUGUAUAAUAUCUGCCCAAAUCUUUACUACUACUAUAGUAUGUGUAUGAAAUCAUGUCUGUUUGUAUGAGUACUGAUAACAUUGGCCUUGAGUCAGUAGAUUACAGAUGCAUUCAGUAUAAGUGCAGUGACGAUAAAACAUCAAAAAUAACUUUCUACAUUUUAGGCAGAGAGAAUCAUACAGUUUAUUCCAAAUAAAGAAAAUAAUUUCAGGUUUCACUUUUCAGAAUCUCAUUUACCUUGGCAUUUCACAAAUUAAUGUAAUUUGACAAAUCAGGACAGGUUUUGAAAUAAAGUUUAUGCAAAUUUCAAGUGUUUUACAGUAAUUGAUGUUGCAGAUAAGAUAGAUGAUUAUGUAAUUGUAGAAUCUAUCUAGAUUAAAACUCUGUGUAACUUAGAAAUCUUAGAAAAUGUCCAGGAUGUGAAGCAUGAUAAAAUGGCAAAAUAAAUUUACUUUCAAAGAUAGAUUAUGUCUAAACAAAGUUCUUGUUAGAAAUUCCAAAAUAUAUCAUGGUAAAAUUGUCGUACUCAUUUAUAGUUAAUUUCUCAAAACUCAGCUACCCUUUGGCUUUACAAUAGCAGUUAGGUAAACUUACGACUCAUUACUUGGAACUGGGACUUAAGAACAAUAUUACUGUAAUAUACUGUCUCAUUGUAACCCUUAAGAUUGUUUCAGAAUAUUAUACUAAAAACAUACAGGGAAUAAAUUUUAAAGGUAGAUCUACCAGACUGUUUGAAUAUUAUAUAACAAUGACUUGUAAAUAUAGCUAUAGAUAGUAGUUUCAGUGCUCGUUUUCUUGGUGCUCAUAUUGACAAACUGUGUUUUUAUAAACGUGGAAUUAUGAAAAAUGUUUGACUUAUUUCUGAGAAUGUUAUUAUAUAGAAUAGGGCAAGUGAGAUUGUAUUAAAUAAUUAUUUUUUUGAAAAUUACACUCUGAGCUUUUAUUGCAAUAGGUUUGCAUGCUUGGCACCAGACAAUAAUU